AUGAACACCCCCAAAGUAAACAUACUCCACGCUCCAGGACAAGCGGCCCAAUUCAGCCGUGCCCUGAUAUCAACCUGUCACACCCGGCCUCUCCUGUUUGGGGGCCUUCGAGUGGUCACUUCCUUGCAUCCAACACAGACAAGCCUCUCUUCCCCAUCACCUCGCAGCUUCUCGACAACAAGCGUUACUCGACUGAAGGAUUUCUUCCCGGCCAAAGAGACCGCCUAUAUUCGGCAGACACCACCCGCGUGGCCUCACCAUGGAUGGACAGAGGAAGAGAUGACCUCGGUUGUUCCCGAGCACCGGAAACCCGAGACUGUGGGCGAUUGGCUCGCAUGGAAACUCGUACGAAUCUGUCGAUGGGCUACGGAUAUAGCUACGGGCAUACGUCCAGAGCAGCAAGUUGAUAAACACCACCCGACAACCGCCACCAGUGCGGAUAAACCUCUGACCGAAGCCCAAUGGCUCGUCCGCUUCAUCUUCCUCGAAUCCAUCGCCGGCGUUCCCGGCAUGGUAGCCGGCAUGCUCCGCCACCUGCACUCCCUCCGCCGUCUCAAGCGAGACAACGGCUGGAUCGAGACUUUACUUGAAGAGUCCUACAACGAGCGUAUGCACCUCCUCACCUUCAUGAAGAUGUGCGAACCCGGCCUCCUCAUGAAGACGCUCAUCUUGGGAGCGCAGGGCGUCUUCUUCAAUGCCAUGUUUCUCAGCUACCUGAUCUCCCCCAAAAUCACCCACCGGUUUGUCGGUUAUCUCGAGGAGGAGGCCGUACAUACCUAUACGCGGUGCAUCAGGGAGAUUGAGGAAGGUCACUUGCCAAAGUGGAGGGAUGAAAAGUUUGAGAUCCCGGAGAUGGCGGUGAGGUAUUGGCGCAUGCCGGAGGGAAAGCGGACGAUGAAGGACUUGAUUCAUUAUAUCCGCGCGGACGAGGCAGUGCAUAGGGGCGUUAACCAUACGCUGAGCAAUUUGGACCAGAAGGAGGAUCCGAAUCCGUUUGUGAGCGACUAUAAGGAGGGCGAGGGCGGGAGGAGACCGGUCAAUCCGGCGUUGAAGCCGACGGGAUUUGAAAGGCCGGAGGUCAUCGGUUGA